GCAUCGCUCCUAUCGGCAUAAGCCCGCUCCUGUUUCCCCCUGCGACGAUUAUGCGAACGACAGGCAGGGCAGUACUCCUCGCGGAUAUGAUAUCUCUUCUUUCCGCAAAAGCGUGGAAAGCGACGUCUGUUCCCUCCGACAAUACGCCGCAGUUUUAUUGCGCUCUAGAUUUUUCGAUAUAUCAUGGAAAUCGUUGCGUAUAUUAUCUCUAACAAUACCCGAGGUACACCUGUAGUCUCGUCAGUUUUUACAUCGGCAUCAUAAUUUUCUAUAACGUCAAAUACUUCGCGCGAGUUCUCUUCUCUUGCGUUCGCAAGGUCGCUUCGCGAUAAAUUAAAUUUUAAUCGACGGCGCUUUCACAUUCACAUAUUUUUUUUAAAACGCGCGUUUAGCUUCUUAUUGUUCUAGAAACGCUUCUAUUCCCACGUUACCUUUGCGAAUUGACGCGCGCGCUCUUCUCUCGUAUUCCCGCGCAAGAGUCACUCUGUAACCGGCGUAUACUCAAACGCGUCAUUAAACGGAGAUUCCCGAAUCGUUUGCGGCGCGCGAGAGGCAAUUUCGCCGUAACCGGCGAGGGCAGGUGGCCGUACGGCGGUGUAAACGUGGCGAAAUGCCUCCUGGAGGCAAACACAAUAGCGGGUGUGCGUUGUUCGCGAGCAUCGGCGAGCAGCGAUUCCCCGGCGUGUCGAAUCGGCGACGACGCCGCGCCGGUUUCCUACUCGGCGUAAAAGGAAAACCGAGCGAUCACGUGGCAGUGUGGAGUGAAAGUGCGGAGGAACGGAGAGCUAAGGCUGGAUGCGCCUUGGUUAACGAUCGGCGUGGCCAAUAAGAUGGGUCGGUCAUCGCGACGAUGGCUCAACUGGAACAAAGAUCGGAUGAUGCAAAAUGGGCGGUUCAGAUGGAAAAGAUAAUGACUGGACCCGAGAAUGGACCCGAUCUGCAGGAACAGGAAAACGAAACGCAAAUUGAUGCUGCAUCACCAUCAUCAAGUGUUGAGCUGUCGGAAAACGGCGCGCAUCCAUGCCCGACGUGUCCGUCGGUGUUUUCCAGUUCCCACGAACUGACGAAUCAUCUACGCGGCCACAAUUCACCUCGCAGCACGGACUGCAGCGGCGAGGAGGACUACAGCUGCGGCGUAUGCAAUAAAGUGCUCAGUUCGGCGAGCUCGCUGGACCGGCACGUGCUGGUACAUUCCGGCGAGCGGCCGUUCAAGUGCAAGUACUGCGAGAUGUCGUUUACGACGAACGGCAACAUGAACCGGCACGUGAGGUGCACUCAUCGGAUAGUGUCGCCGAACAGCUGCACGGAUUCCGAGGGCAGCAGCGGCUCGGAAAGACCGGCGGCGACGAGCCAGGACGAGUACAAUAACAACGAGAUAACCAGGCGCAACUCGCCAGAGCUGAUCGACGAUCGACAGCAACCGUCGCCCAGCAACCGCGCGAACAAGCGAAAAUGCCCGGACGAGGACGUCAGCGACAUGGAAGAUCAGAGGAGGCACAAGAUUCUUCUGAACAAUACCAAGAUGACGAUUAGGUGUCGACCGGAGGAUGAGCAGAAGGCCUUCGGCUGUCCGAUCUGCGGUCAGGACUUCGCGAGCAGCGCGAUUCUGGAGUCACAUAUGGAGCGCAUGCAUCCAGGCUCCCCGGCCACGUGCGAGACCUGCAAUCAGUCGUUCAAGAAUCAUCGCGCGCUGAAUCUCCAUCGUUUGAUGAGACACUACAAAAAGAAUCCGGAGGGCAACAACAGUCGUAGCAAAAACAACACCGUAGACGGUUUCAGGGAUCUGACGUUCAUCGACUUCUCGUCCAUCAAGUUCCCGACGAUCGCUCGGGCGAUGUGCGAGCGUGAGCUGCACCGGCCGGCCUCCGGCGAGGCCAACAGGUUUCAGUGUAUGAAGUGCCUGCACGCGUUCCCCUGCAGGCAAGCCCAGCAGGCCCACGAAAAGGAGUGUAAAGGCCCCUACAAGAACAAGAGAAACAGCAACGACAACAACAAUAACAACGACAUCAGUACCAACAAUAAUCUCGAAACAGAGCGUGAUGAUCCGAGCCCGCAGCCCGACGACUCCAAGACGAAGCGCGAGAUUUUCUUCGCUGUGCUGGAUCUGCAGAACAAGUCCUUGGCGCAUGAAAUGAAGGAUCCACGGGAAUCGAGCGAGAUCAGGGAGCUGAAAGAGACCAAGGAUCUAGCGGAUAUCCCGAGCAUCCUGUCUGUCAGUUUGAAUGGACUGCAGACCUUUCCUCGGUCGGAUGCAAGCACGCCCGAGAACAACAUCAAGUUCCAUCCGAACGUUGGCUCUUCAGGCUCGUCGGGCACCUGUUCGUCCGAGUUCAACGAAGAGGAAGCGCAGGACGCCUUCACUGCGGAAUUCCGGAAAAUGAAGCUGAAGGGCGAAUUUCCAUGCAGAUUAUGUACAUCCGUAUUUCCCAAUUUGCGAGCGUUGAAGGGACACAAUCGCGCGCAUAUGAACGUGGAACCGGGUAUGCCGUAUCCGUGCAAUAUGUGUCCGUUCACGAUCGCCGACAAGGGGGCCCUGAUGAAGCAUCUAAGAUCACAUAACGGCGACCGUCCGUUUGAGUGCUCUCUCUGCAAUUAUGCGUUCACUACCAAAGCAAAUUGCGAGAGGCACGUGAAGAAUCGUCACGGGAUGAUCAGCAAGGAGGACGUUAAGAACGCACUUAUCUAUCAUCCGAGCGAGGAUUCGACAAACGAAAACAUCGAAAGAAGCUCGCCUAGAGUCAUCAGGGAAGACGUGCGGAAGACGCUUAUUUAUCCGAAUGAACGCGAGGAGACUCCCCAACAACAACAACAGAUACAUUAUCCGCCUAUAGCGAUGGAUUGUAAUCCUGGACCGUCGAACAUCCGCGCUGAGAUGCUGAUGACUCACUACGAGAAGUCAGACACGUUCGCCAGAGUGAAGAUGCAGGCUCUCAAUCUCGUAAAAAAAAGCGCCGACGAAGCAAAUUUGUCUCACGAUCUAAUCGUGAAAUCUGAUUAUUCGAAGAUUGACGACGACGUCGAGUCGGGCUCGUCGGACGGCAGCGUGUCUCUAGUCAGUGAUACCAAAACAGAUACACACCAAAGAAUUCAAGCUAGUCCGAUGAACCUGACGAAGCCCUCGACAAGCUCCGGGUUGAGCUCGGGGGAGGACUGUCCGUUAGAUCUGUCCAUGGAUGUGUUGGAUCUGAGUAGGAAGCGGAAGAGGGAGAACGAGGAUUCCAGCUUGCAGGAGGAGAAGCGGUUUAAGAAUAAUCAGCAGGAAUUGUAUGCCACAAACCCAGCGCUGUUGCUGACGCAAGCCCUGUUGAACAGAGCACGCGAGAGCUCACCGACAACAUCGCUGGAGACGCUUUACGCGAAUACUAUCUAUCGCAAUUUUGGCACAUUAACCAGUGGUGUAAUACCGCCGUACUUCCUCAGUCCUCACAUGUUCAGCCAGGAAUUGGCCGCGAAGGGCAGGCUGCAGAAGGAGCUGGUUCGAGGUUUGCAGUUAACCGGCGGCGGCACACUUUCGGUUGAUCCGUCACUACCCAGCACCAGUUACACGGCAUAUUCGCAAUCGAGGGACACCCUGCAAACCUCGAGCGAGCAGACUGCCUACGCGAAUCUGAUGAGCGCGCAGAUGACCAACCAGGUCGCGCCGAGCCGCGAGAAAACAGACGGGAUCCCGUCGAAUGAUCCCGUGAAGAUGGUACUCAAGAACGGAGUGCUGAUCCCCAAGCAGAAGCAGCGCAGAUACCGAACCGAGAGACCUUUCACCUGUGAGCACUGCACGGCGAGAUUCACGCUGAGGAGCAACAUGGAACGGCACAUCAAGCAGCAGCAUCCGCAGUAUUGGAGCCAAAGACCUCGUGGCGGACAUUCGACCAGAGGCAGACCACCCGCGAGUCAUCCGACUAUGGUACCAAAUACUGGUCCGUCAACCUCGCAGGUGGCUCAAUCAUAUUCGAGCAUUCUUCCGAACGUCGACACGCCGGUGGUCACGUCGACGGACUACGGCACGCAUCCCAUCUCGGAUCAAGUAAAGUACGCGAUUCUGGCGCAACAGCUGAAGGUCAAUAAAAUGGAUGACAAUGAUUCGGAUGACGAGAUGGUGAUAGACGAAGAGUUGGCCGAUCGGGACGCUCAGGAGUCGCAAGCUCAGCGUGAGCCUAGCACGAGUUUGCUGAGAGAUCAGUUGGAAAAUAAUGAAAGUGUCAAAGAUAUCGUCAUAAAGACAGAAGCGGCUGAGCCCGCGGAGGAAACCUCGGAGGAGACCCCCGGCGAGCAGACUGCGCGAAGUAACAUCGACAGCGCCAAUCCGGAGAAAUCUGCCGCUUCUGAAAGCAAAUCAAUACGCGCUGAAGAAACGACCAUGACCGAAUCCGCCGAGAGGGAGCAAGGUAAACUCGAAGACGGAACGCCCGAUCUCGCGAGUGUCUCGAAGCUUUUGGACAACGCGUCACAGCAAUACCAGCAAUUUCAGCCGCAAGACCUGAGCGACGAGGAGGGCCCCGUUGCGUCGACCAGCGGCAACAAUUCUGGCAGCGAGAAGUCCGACUCCAUGAACUCCUUGAACUCUGGGAACGAUUCCUCCUCGAACAAGAAGAAGAAAAAGAAGAAGAAGUCUGCAUAUUCGAUGGCGCCGAAUCGUGUCGUAUGUCCGUAUUGCGAGCGCCAAUUCCCGUGGACCUCGUCGCUGAGACGACACAUCCUCACCCACACCGGCCAGAAGCCGUAUCAGUGCAUCCACUGCUCGCAUCACUUCACCACCAAGUCCAACUGCGAUCGCCACUUGCUGAGGAAGCACAAGGCGAAGGCGAGCAAGAUGCGCCGUGCCAGGAACUCGUCUUCGCCUGACGCUCAGGUGGUCGCCAGCAGCAGCAGCAGUAGCAACGGCAGCAACACGUUCUCCAUGAGGAACGUGCCCGAGAGGCCGUUUAAAUGCCAUCAGUGCCCGAGCUCGACGUUCGCCACGUUGGGCAACCUGAAGAAGCACCGGUCGAGCAAGCACCGCAAGUUCGCGUCCAGAUCAGAGUCCAGCGAUCAGCAGAACAGCCCGCCGCAGUGCGCCGCGCAGAACGACCAGAGCGAUUACGAGAGUCGCUCAUCAAGCAUGUCCGACAACAUGGAGAACACCUCGUCCGUCGUCCGCGAAGCCGCGAAGCCGACUUCUAACGCGUCCCUCUCGAUAAACGACGCCACCAGGUUGCGCAAAUCACCAAGAUUAUCGCCGAGUCCCGGCGACGUACCCUUCAAAUGUUACCUAUGCGACAGCGGCUUCUCGGAACGCCAGGAGUGCUUGGACCACAUCAAGAUGAAUCACAAGCGCUCGUACGAGAUGCUGAAGGCCAAGGGCGCCCUCGACAUGGCGGCCACGAUCAUAGACGCGACCGAGGAUCAGAUAUUAGCGUCGCUGCAGCAUCCCAGCGACGGAGAAGAGAAGAAAGGCCGUUUUCCCGACUACAGCAACAGAAAGGUUGUGUGCGCUUUCUGCAUGAGACGAUUUUGGUCCGCGGAGGAUCUCCGGCGUCAUAUGAGGACUCAUACGGGCGAGAGGCCCUUCGAAUGUGACAUCUGCACCAGGAAGUUCACGCUCAAGCACAGCAUGCUACGUCACCGUAAGAAGCAUGAGUCGGUGGACUCCGCCAUGUACAUAGGCAACAGCGGCGACGAGGAGAACUCGCCCGCGCAGCCGCCGACGAUAACCCCCAGGAGUCAGCAGCACUCGCCGAUCUCCACCAACACCAGCAGGCCCCGCACCCAGGACAGAAUCUCCCUGCCGACCGUCGCGGCGGUCGCAACGGCGGACGCGGCGCCCUGCGCCCUGAUGCGGUACAAUCACUACGACAACAUGGCCACUCUCAGCGGAAGAAUGGCAAACGACGGUCCUCAGGGCGCCGCUUCAGCCUCCUUGUCUUCUCCCCCGCCUCCCGCGGAAGUACCCAGCGAAAGCGGGGACAACGACCUGAUCUCCAAUUUGCUGGGGAUACGCGAGAAAGGUUUGCUCGACAAGGUUCUCUUGAGCUCGGCGGACGACGCGGCAAAGUUGUUGGGGGUCAACCAUAGCGAAUGAUCGGGCGAUCAAUCGCGUAGAAAGGCAAAGAGAAGCGGAACGCGAUCAGACACGUAAAUUACGUGAAAACAGUUAUAGAUUGGAUUGGGAGUAGUUAAACGUCAAGCACGAAACUCGGGAUGUUAAUUGAUAUUAAUCGACUAAUAUUGGCAUCUCUUAAUAUUGGCAAAUUAAGAAUAGACAAACAAGCGGAAUUGUAGUUUCUGCUUUUGUGUCAUAACGUGUUUGAAAGAUCAUUAGAGGAUCGAGGGUAUCGUCAUCGUCUGAUCGCAUGCCACUUUCUCCUAUUCGUUCUUAAGAGAGAGAGAGAGCACAGAAGAUGCCUUUAGAUUAUUCAUCGGAUUCUUCGAUUCUCUGUUUAAGGUUCACGAUCGUGCCUUAUACUCUUUAUCAAUUUGCGUGCACGUGUUCGUAUUAUAUAAAACACCAAUAGUGUUUCGAAGUUUAUCUGAUGAAAUCUGAUGCGAGCAGUAGCCGGAGUGUCAUUAUAUGCCGCAUACGAUAUGAAAUUUUACGGUUCUUAACGAGAACACACACAGGGAUUGUCAACGAGUUUGCUUACAUCGCGGAAAGUGGAUGAUGCGAAUGAAUCGAUAGGAAACUCAUCUUACGCAAAUCAAUUUUUAUUACUUUGAACUAACGUUCUCAAUUAAAUCUUACUUUUUUUUUACAAUUUUAAUUUUGUACAAUAGGAUACAACUUUAAUGUAUAAAAAUAUAAAAAAAAUAGAAGCACUCGUUCUUAAAGUCAAUCCCUGAUUUUGUAGAAGUUUAAGGACGCAGUUUCAACAAGUUCCUUUCGAUUCAUCUCGCGAUUCGCCUAUUUUCUGCAUAGGCAUUCGCCGUGAGCUACGGCGAAGUAUAUUAUUUGCUAUCAUGACGUACAUUUUCUUUAUUAUUAAAAAGUACACGCGCUGUGUAUUCCAUUUGUCAGUUCAAUCGCCAAUAAAACAUGAUUUAAGAAAAAAAAAGAAAGAAACGUAACAUGGUGCAUCUUCCUCUUUUAUCAACGCAUCUAAAUCAUUCACGCUUCUGACAUAAAUUCCUUCGUGAUGCCUCGAGCCUUCGUUACGAGAAACGCGUUCUUCGUGACCCUCGCCUAUUGUGUGUGUUUUGUGUGUGUACAUAUUAUAUAUACAUAUUUAUAUAUAUCCUCUGGGGAUUGUAACAAUCUGAGUAUAUAUAUUUAAGAUUUGAUGUGAUUACGACCAUAUUGUUCGCGGAUGCAUCAUGAUUUCGCCCCGAGCGCGUUAAAAGCAGUUAUCAAAUGCAUUAUUAUCAGCGACGUCAUGAAAUGUGCAUUAUGGAAUCGUGAGAUAACGCGUAUCUAUAUAUGUUGUUUGUAUUCAUCUCACGCGCAGUAUUAGGCGUACGAUCGCGAUCGCGGAUCCUCAACAAUCUCAUUCAUAAUUACGGCGGAAUAUGAGUGAAGUUCGAGUAUGAAGAGUCGAGGGAAAAAAAAGGAAAAAGAAAAAGAGAAAAGAAAACCAGGCUCUCUCGUGAAAGGAGGCUGGACUUGCGAAUGGACGUCGCGUUCUUUGCGACGCGGAUGCUGCAUUUAAAUCCAAAGAUGAAUUCAUUUUACGCAAUGAAUUAUUCUAAGUUAGCCAUACGCACUAGGAUCUUAUUUAUUAUUAGUUAUAUACUUCUAUGAGAGUGAGAAAAAAAACUUUAAUUUAGGGUGUGAAUGUGACUAGCACUUAGUCGUUAGACCGCCGUGAUGUAUUUGGCGAACGCGAUUCGGGAUGUCCCGUGGGACCGCGUUUCUGACCGUGACUUUCGCGCGAAGAUCUCGAGAUCGAUCUUGCGCGCCAGUGGUAAGGGAACUCGCUCGUUCAAGGAUCGCGGAUCGCAAAUGGCUAUACGUAUACCAAUCGCAUUGAUCUUGUAUUAUUGUUCUUUUCGACGAGACUUUUCGCGAGCGAGACGAGAUGCAAUCUUCACACAGAACGGAUAUGUGAAAGCGCGCGGAGCAAUAUAUAUAUAGUGAAGUUUAUAUCACUACCAAUCAAUUAAAUUUGACAACGUCUCGUCGUGUGUGUGUUAUGGAUCUUAGUGUACAUAGAUAGCCCUGUUAUCUUUCGCAGAUGCAAUUAUACCAAAUGAUUAAAACUAUUGACAUAGGUAUAGAUACUUAGAUUAGAUUAGAUUAGCGAGAAAUGAGAGUUAGACAACAGAUUUAACUAGGCCAAAGGGAAACGAUUUGUAUUUCCUAUUCCUUCACACUCCCCUGUCCACCCCCAUCUUUGUUGUUCGUUUGUGCUUUUACGCAGUCUCGUAUCGUCUCUACUUACAUCACAUUUCCUCUUCGAUCUCCUCCUCUGCCCCUGUCUUCACACAUACACACGUACAUACACACAUAUAUUCGUAGAUAUACGAUAUUUAUUAUUUUAUAACGGAGACGAUUGUACAUGGCUGUAAUACGUUUUAGCCAAGUUCGAAACCGAGGCUGGGAAUAACGUCCAACAACAUCGUUCUUGAUCUCUUCCUGGCGCAUCCCCUUGCGAUGUCUUUGUCGUAGGAUGUUUACAGAUUCAGCCCCCGUCCAUACAAAAAAGGAAAGGUCCAGUCUCUUUACGAAGCGUCGCAGUCUGCAGUUUCGUGAAGAAAAGACCCAAGCUUCGCAAACGGGCCGAAUUUACAGAUAUCCUGCGAUAGACACACCACGCGCAGACACGUUAAUUAAGGCUUCUUUGCGCAUACGUAUGCUGUAGGCGAACGAAGGAAAGUUAUAUUUAUCGAAGCGACCGAGUCCGUUUGAAACCCCUCGAGUGACAUUUUCUCCUUCCCCGACUGUCGUGAAAAUUAUGAUACCAAGUAAUCAUUGUAGCGCACGUGUACAUGAAUAAGUUAUAUUCUCUAAUUUAAAUCAGGAAUAAUAAUAAACGAUAUGCAAUGGAA